AUGAAUAACUCACGGGACAGUUGUUCCCUCCCUGUAGCCCACAGCGUCUUAUUGAUAGCGGUAAACAUCAGUGUGGGUUUUUUGGGAACGCUCGGUAAUUUGCUGGUCUGCGCGGCGGUCGCUACGAACCCUCGCCUUCGUCGUAGCUCCAACUACCUUCUUGCCAGCUUGGCGAUCGCUGAUUUAAUCGUGACUAUGGUAUGUGAACCCAUCUUCGUAGCGAUCCUCAGCAAGAUAAUCUUCUUCCAAGAUUGCGCAGCUGCCUUGCAGACACCCUACAAAAUCCUAUCGACUCUCUCCAGCUCCGCUUCAGUCACACACAUGGCCGCUAUCAGUGUGGAUCGUUUCAUAGCGGUCGUCUUCCCUCUACGCCACGGAAACAUCAUGCGAAAAUACGGGUUGAAAAUCAUGCUAGUAGUGGCUUGGUUUUUCCCAAUGUUAUUUCCCAUCUUAGGGGAGGUUUUGCCGGACUCGUUUCCCAAAGCAUUCCUAGCGACAGGAACGUUUGGUCUCAGUUAUGUCAUCAUUGUCGUUUCGUACCUUCUUAUUGUGGUAUUUUUGUUCAAAAUCAAGAAGAAAAGAAGCCAGUUACAAGCUAGACGAAGCUCUGAGGAUAACAAUUCCCGGGUGGAGGUACGUGUCGCAUGUACACUGGCCAUUGUGAUCGGCAUUUUUUCUGUUUGUUGGUUUCCCUUGAUGAUCCUCUUGUUUGCAACGGGGGGUUCAAUUGUGACUCCCAACGGACCUGCGCACUUCUGGAUUCGAACCUUGGCCCUUUCAAAUUCGGCAAUGAAUUUUCUAAUUUACACAGCAAGAAUCCGCGAGUUCCACGGAGCAUACACUGGGGUGUGUCGAAAGAUUUGCAAUCUUGUAGGGAACAAAUACUCUUACAAAUUUAAUUGUAACAGCUUCACUAUCCGACGCCCGCGGAGAAAAACUGCAAGUUACGUCUUCCAAGAUGUUGGAAAACCCGUAACAACAAAUGAGAGUACUGACAGCUCCCAAAGUGCUAUGGAGUUUCAAGUAAAUGGCGAACGUUAUACUUUACAACGAUGGGGUACAGUUUAA